AUGGCCAACGAUCCAAGAGCUGAGGAGUACUUCCUGAUUCGCAAGACUAUUCAAAAACUUGUAUUUUUCAUGGGCGUUUGGCCGUCUGAGGAUUCUAGCUUCGCUUACCGUUUCCUACAUUACGUACCUGUGACUCUUUAUUUCAAUGCAAUUAUGAUAAUAUUGAACUCUAUUGCUCAUCAUCUUGAUAAUGCUAAAAUUAUUACGCUGAGUUUCGGAGUAGUUGCUGUCUAUCUAUUGUGCGCGCUAAAGGUAUUGUGUCUAGCCAUGAAUGUGAAAAAAAUAAUGUGGUUCUACAAAACAAUCGAUGAGCUUUGCAAUCAAUUUCUGAGUGACGGCCGAUUACAAAGAUUUGUGCUCAGUGAUGUGACAAUAUACAGAUACUUUUUCUGGUUUCACACAAGUCUGUGUGGAUUCAGUGGCACUAUACCUCUAGUUAUGUCGAUGGUAUCAGUUAUGAAUCAGAAGAUCCAUCAUAUUCAUCCGAUUAAGUAUAAUUUAAUAAUUCCGGGAAUGUAUCCCUGGAAUGCAUCCAUCAAUGAAUUGAUUUAUGGACUUCAUUUUGGUCUUGAGUCUUACACGCUCAUGUGGACUUUCUAUGUGGGAGCUCUGGUCGAUGUUCUUUUCUCAUUUUCACUACUUCAGAUGACGAUUCCACUGCGUGGAAUGUCCCAUGCUAUAACACAUAUAUGCGACCAGAACGAUUAUAGGGGCACAUUGCAUAGAUGUCUUGUUCAAUAUAGAACUCUCAUACAAUGUCGGAAUAUUAUUGAAAAUACCUAUGGACCUAUCAUACUUGGUGUUGCCAUCACUGGUCCCAUAGCGCUCUGCUCACUUGCUUGGCAAGUCACACAGAUGGAGACGAUAAACAAUUUUCAGAAAUUUAGAUUUGCAGUUCACGGAGUUGCUAAGAUACUACAAGUAUUCUCGUACAGUUGGUCUGCAACUAUCCUGAAAGGAAAGAGUGAAGAUUUCCUCGUGAAGGUUUAUUCAUCCGAGUGGUAUGGUAGUAGAACCUUCAUGAAUACAGUCUUGACGAUGUUGAUUCAAAGGCCACUGACGAUCAAAGCGGGCCACAUGACCGAUGUUUCCCUUGGCAUGUUCGUCUUUGUGAUGAAAACAACUGUAUCAUACUACUUAUUGCUACAGACAAUGGAACAAAAAUCAGCUCAAUGAGUAACAAAUUGAUCAAGGAUGUGCUAUGAAAGUUUCGCGUAUCAAGUUGUGACUGGAAGGAUUGUCCCAAUAUUCAAUGUUCUGUGUUGUCUCACCAGUUCUCGGAUUGCAUGGGCUUUGCAAAAUUUUCUGAUAUGAAUCAUUACCAUUUUGAUGGACUUUCG